CUUACUGAGUUAAUAAUGAAAACCUGUCAAUAAAGCCUGUCUUUGUUUACAAUUUUGCAUAUAUGAAGUAAUAAGUAAAAAGCUCAUUUACAUUCGCAAUACCAGUACAAACAAGCCAAAAAAGUCAAGACAAGAAUCCAGACUAUCUGUUCAACCAGUCGGAUAAUACAACAGGUCAUUAUAUUGGUAGUGGAGUGCCUGGAAAUUUCUAAAACUAUUGGAUGUAUUAUGAGUUUCUUAUAAGAAUGUUUCAAGAGUUCUAAGGACUCUGUUGAAUUUAGCACGUCUACGUUAGCAGAAUGAAUUCUUUAGCCUACAAAUCGCGGAGAAUGUUUAUAGAUAUAAGUACCUCAUAAGGAUUUAUUCCAGCAAGCCCAUAACUAUGUCAAAGUUCAAGCCUUAGCGUAUUCCUUGAGGCAUAAAUGGACCAUUGACGAGAAUACUUCUUAUGUUACGCGAUUUACCGUUACCGUUUGUGAUUGUUUAUCGUCCAGAAUACUAAUACAUGAGAGGAGGUCUCAGCGGCGCGUCGAACUAUGGAUACAAACGGGAACGAUUAUCAGUUGGAUAAAACAAAGACUCAGGGGCUAGUGAAUGAGGCUGGGGACUUCUUCUCUGAGCAUGACAUGGGUCGUUCGCCGAAAUCAUCGCGAUGUUCAUCAGUAGCUUGGUCAGAUAUAGAGCAAGGCUGUAGUCCUAGGUUGUCGAGCAAGUUCCGGGGACUUGAGAGACGCUCAUCUGUAGAGAACUUUGGUCAAUUUGGCUUUCUUGUUCCUGCACUGGCCCUCCUUCCACAUGCAGACGGGGCCGAUGCCCUUACACAACAAUUUGGUGAGCUCAAGGGAAACCACAGAGAAUUGAAAUUGGCUGCAGCACAUAUAGAUGACGCCCUGAUGGGAAGGGGUAACUAUGGUAAAGCAAGAUCAUUUUUCAAGCCACAGUAUGCAAAAAGAUGUUUCGACAUUCUUAACAAUCCCUGGUUUAAGAGACUGAUGCUUGCAAAUGUGGCUCUUCAUUGUAUGCUGGUGUUUUUUGAGUCUCCUUCCGUUCUUCCAUCUAGGGUGUCCCCUGCCGUCUACUUACUGGACUUCAUCUGUAUCAUCUUGUAUUUAUUUGAUUUAAUGAUCAACAUAACAUUUCUUACCUGGCCUGUCUUUUGGUCAAGAAGAGCCGAGGCUCGUGCUUGGAAUGGGGUGGAAUUUGUCUUUGUAUGUUUGUUCAUUUGUGAUUAUACUAUAAUGGUUAUCUCCGGUUUGACGGGAAAGCAAUACCCUCAGAUCUUCAGGUGCCUCCGGCCCGCUGUUGUGCUCUGCAAGGCAAAGAACAUUAGACAUAUCUUUAUGGUUCUAAUCACCAUAGGAUUUAAAUUAUCAAAGGUGUUCUCCAUCAUAUUUGUGUUUGUCUGGGUUUUCUCUUGCACAAGCCUGUAUUUAUUCAUGGAUAUUUAUCAAUGCCGCCAAGUGAUUAACUCCUCCAUUCAGUUUAACUCAGUCCAAGGACAAAACAUUCCUUGCACUGUAACCGAUAAUGAAAAGGUUUAUAACGGGACGUUUAACCACAUAGGUCUGGGGAUGUUAAGACUUUUCGUGUUACUCUCCACCGAGAACUUCCCGGAAGUAAUGCUUCCAGCGAUGCGGACGCAUGGAUCAUUCUUCUUUUUCUUUGGGUUUUACGUGUUCGUCGGUGUGUUUUUCCUCACGGCUAUCUUGCUGGCCAUUGUCGUCGAUAGUUACUGGUUGUAUUCUAAGAAGCACGUGAAGAGUGAAAGAGCGCGUGAGCGAGCGGAACUCGCCAAGGCAUGGAACCUGCUAGACCCCUUGGGCCAAGGUGCUCUGAGUAUAUUUGACGAUAAAUUUGCAGAACUAUUUCGCCUCCUUAAGCCUAAGAACUCAGACGCGGAGAACUUGAUGUUGAUUGAGAUGCUGGACAGCAACGAAGAUGGCGAAGUAGACUCAUUUGAAUGGACCACCAUGCUUAGCCAGGUUCUUAGCUACGAAUUUGAAGAAAACGACGACUUGUUGAUUGCGGACGACUCGAUUCAGCCUGGGUGUUCGCGAUGGCUUUUCAGGUUAAGGGAAGGAGCUGCUUAUAUAACAGAGACCAUCACCUUCUCUCGCUUCAUUCUCGUGCUGAUCAUCAUUCACUGUUUGCUAUUCGCCUUCAAGUGGAACGGACAAACAGAGGAUCAAGUUGUCAGACUGCAAGUUGUGAAGACGAUCAUAGUGGCUAUUUUCCUGCUGGAAGGUCUGAUGCGAUCUUUGGUUCUCGGCAAGAAAGCAUUUGCCCCUCUCGAGCUGAUGGACGCCAUUCUGGUUGUUGUUGCUUUCUGUACCAAUGUUGCUUGGUAUUUCCCCGUAUCGUCAAUUAUCCAGUCCCGUUUGCGAAACUAUACUACCGUUGUAUCGUGCCUUGCUGUGUUCUGCCGUCUACCAUUCAACAACACGCACUUGAAGCAAGCCAUCGAAGUGUUCAUACGAGUCGCCCCCGUAAUGGCGGAUCUCAUGUAUAUUCUGUUUAUUAUACUGUACUUGUUCGCGGCUGUUGGUAUGGAGGUGUUCCACGAUUUCCCUAGCAGCAGCGAGGGACACAUGUAUUUGCCCGAGUGUGGACUGGGAUUCCAGACAUUUUGGUGCGCUUGCAUGAUCCUGUUUCAAAUGGUGACGACCAGCAACUGGCAUGAAAUCAUGAAUUCGGUUGUGGAGUCGACAAAGACAUACUGGAGCAGCCUUUACUUUGUUUUCGCAUACAUCUUGGUCAACAUGGUGGUGAUGAACCUGUUUGUAGCUAUCACCAUCGAAGCAUUUAACAAGCUCGCAACAAAGGAAGACGACCAGUUGCCCACCGGGAUUGGAAGGCAAUUGUCAGACCAGAGACCAGUCACCGCCAAGACAUUUGUCCGAAAACAAGCUGUGAAGAUGCUCCAUGAAGUCGCGAAUAGUAUAUUUGGAAGCACGAGGGCUGAGCAGGUAGUAGGACGCAGGCAGUGCUUGGCAGCAUCCUCAGGCACUCGUCGGCGGUCCACCACCAGAGGUGCUUCCCUCGCUGAAACCAAGCACAAUAACGAUGCUCUCAAGAAGAAUCGAGAAAAGGAGAAAACAGAGGAGGAACUAAACUCAUAUAAAGGAGAUAAGCGCGAAUAUAAGCUGAAGAAAAAGAUGAGAGCGAAGAAGAAAACCAAGCGCAAGCUGUCGCACAUAGGCCAAAAAGUCCGCGUGGUAACGACCUUUCGAGCCAAUGCGGCCUCUGAUCUCGACCUCACGGUGGGGGAUGAGGUGACAAUCCUGAAAACAACUGACAAUUGGUGGCGAGGAGAAUGCAAGAACAGAGUUGGCUGGUUUCCUGCCUCCCACGUUGUCAUGGGAACCAUCAAGGCCGUGCCUGAAUACCGCAAAGCCCAGAUGCGAGGUGGCAGCGCGAGGCCUGGCGAGAGUCGCGUGGAGCAAGAAGAUGCAAAUUCAAAUGUGGUGAUGGAAGUAACGACUCAACCACAUGGACCACAAGAACCACAUUCCUUCUUCAGGGAACGAUCUUCAACUUUAGACAAUCGACCACCAAGUUCACCCGUCAGGGGAAGGAUCAAAUUGAAAAAGUCUGGUGACUGGCGUAGAGAUAUCCAUGGCGAAAUGACAGUCAUGAAUGCAGAGGAGUUACGAGAGCUCAAUAAUAUAAUACGAGCCGAAUUGCGGACUCCAAACGGGCGACCUCGGACACGCUCAAGAAAUCUGAGCGUUUUGAGCAGAGAUAGUCGCGAAUCCAUUAGGGGAGCGUUCGUAGAGGAUGGUGAUUACAACUCGCAAGGCCAGCCAUCCCAGUUGGAGCCGAUACCAUAUUCGGCAAGAUAUCACAAGCCCGCGAGUCCGAAAGGGCGUAACUCCGUAGAACCAUUUGGUGGAAACCGCCCUCCGCGAAAUUUACCGCAUAUCACACCAAAAGUACCCGCCGUAGAGUUCGUUAUUCCCGGGAGCCCCACACCACUGCCUAACUCGGAUGACAAAACACCGGAUGACAAGAAACUCAAGGUUAAAACUCCUUCUGUGGUGCAUAAAAUAAAAGGAAGAAAGCCAGAAAAGACGAAUAACGGGGAGAUGCCGGAAUGGAUGAAAAAGUUUGUCGAAGAAAAACAAUUAACGGUUGGCGCAGAUGUUAAACUGGAUGAAGUGACUAAUUGUAAAGGAGCACGCAGGUCUUCCUUGUCAACAACGAAAAUGGGGACUGGAACAGGAACAAAAGGAAAUGGAACGAAGUCCACCGGAACUGGAACUCUAAAAACCGGAACUGGGACAGUGAAAUCACGUUCGACAGGAAGUAUUCCCGGCGAUGCAGAGUCAGGAAAGAAGGGUGUACCUAGUCUUAGUAACCUCCGUAAGAAAAGCACGGCUUCCAUACCCAGGAAGGUCACUGAACACAGCCCAAAAGGCACUAGAGGUUUACGAAGAGAAAGUAAAGGUUACUGAAUAGCACAAUACCAUCUAGUCGAUCUAGAGACGUACAAAGAGAAGUAAAGACUACUGAAUAGCCCAAUACCAUCUAGUCGAUCUAGAGACGUACAAAGAGAAGUAAAGACUACUGAAUAGCACAAUACCAUCUAGUCGAUCUAGAGACGUACGAAGAGAAAGUAAAGACUACUGAAUAUCACAAUACCAUCUAGUCGAUCUAGAGACGUACAAAGAGAAGUAAAGACUACUGAAUAGCCCAAUACCAUCUAGUCGAUCUAGAGACGUACAAAGAGAAGUAAAGACUACUGAAUAGCACAAUACCAUCUAGUCGAUCUAGAGACGUACAAAGAGAAAGUAAAGACUACUGAAUAGCACAAUACCAUCUAGUCGAUCUAGAGACGUACGAAGAGAAAGUAAAGACUACUGAAUAUCACAAUACCAUCUAGUCGAUCUAGAGACGUACAAAGAGAAGUAAAGACUACUGAAUAGCCCAAUACCAUCUAGUCGAUUUAGAGACGUACAAAGAGAAGUAAAGACUCCUGAAUAGCACAAUACCAUCUAGUCGAUCUAGAGACGUACAAAGAGAAAGUAAAGACUACUGAAUAGCACAAUACCAUCUAGUCGAUCUAGAGACGUACGAAGAGAAGUAAAGACUGCUGAAUAGCACAAUACCAUCUAGAGAUGCGAGAAGAGAGAGAGGGAAGGUUAUUAAGCAAAGCCCCAAUUCCCUAUGGCCUAUAGGUUUAUAAUAUUUAAGGGUAUACCGAUGACUUAAAGGCUAAUUAUAUGAGGGGUGGGUCUAGCAUAUUUCUGAGGGAGGGUUUGACCUUAAUGGGAGAGUGAAAAACUAUUUCGUUACAUUGACUUUCUGGCUCCCACGCGCUCGAAUCUCUAUCCUCUAAGGUUAUAUUAUCAUUAAUAUGCACAUUGAUUAGAGUAUUUUGAAUACAUGCAUCUUCCAAGAAGGAAAUACUGUUUUAUCCCCCUCCCUCUCCAACUACAGAAACUCGAACUCUAAAUCCUUAUAUAACAAAUCCGUCUAAAUCUGACUCUAAACCUUAUAUGACCACCUGAUGUCUUAAAUGACAAGCGGACCACCGAAUCGAUUCCUUGGAAAUGUCAAAAAAAAAAAUAGAGUGGCAAUUUCUAACUUACUUUUCGCUAUUUCCAAGAAAUCGGUUGGUUGUCCGCUUGUCCUAUAAGACACCAAGUGGGUCUGAACUUAUAAACGCAAAAUGGAAUGGUUUGCAAACUACAGUUUUUUUUUAGAUUAUGUACCAAACCCUCUAAAUUCUAUUUCAUUUACACGUGCAUCGCGCCUCGCCGAUUAAUAAUACCUCAUAUUUAUUUCAGAAUUUGCAAACUAGAAGCAUUGGUGAUUAUAUUUUCCAAAGAUCAAAGCGAUCGCACGCUUUGAUAAGGCUGAUAAUGGAUUUUUGAAAAUGAUUACGCGCCCUGAAUGAACCCGCCCUCCAAGACCCCGUCCCCACGUAUCCGUUUUCGUUUGAAAACGCAACCUUUUUGAUACGGCUACGGGUAUCGUCCACACGGAAACGCGAAAACGGUGACCGAAAACGAUCUCCAGAGUGGAACAAACUAUACCCUUUCGGUGCCGUGGGGACGGACGAAAACGUAACCUUUCGAAAACGAUGGCGUGAUAACUCAGGUCCAGUCCACUUGACGCGCGAGUACGCAUGCGCUGUAGAGCUUGUUAUCGUUUUCGUAUCGUUUUUGCGUUUUCGUGGGGACGGGUCGUGUCAAAAUGAAAACGCUUCGUGUGGACGCGGAUCUUUUUUGAAAACGAAACAAAAGGGUUGCGUUUUCAUACGAAAACGGAUACGUGGGGACAGGGUCUAAAUCCGCUACUGAAUUUGGAAGAUGUACUUGUUUUCAUCUUUUAGUUUUUAUUGACUAUCCAGAGUGGCUUAUGAACAGCAAAGGAAUUGUUCUGUUUUGAAAAAAAAAAUGCUAAUAGUUAUUUCGUAACCUGUUUUUUUCUAUUAUAGAGUCACGUGCUCCCGAAACCAUCCGUCCUUCAAAUGUUAAGACUUUAGAAAACAAAAUGGUAGCAUUCUCAUGUAAGAAUAUCUUUAUCAUGAAAAUAGACUUGAAUCUUGAAUUUGUAUUAAACGUGACGUCCUA